AUGAAGAACUCAAACUGUCAGCCCCUGCUGCUGCUGCUGCUGCUGCUGCUGCUGAUGGUGCUGCUGCGGCUGAUGGCGCUGCUGCCGAUGGUGCUGCGGCUGAUGGUGCUGCUGCUGUUGCUGAUGGUACUGCUGCCGCUUCUGAUGGUGCUGCUGCUACUGAUGGCGCUGCUGCUGAUAGUGCUGCUGCUGCUGAUGGUGCAGCUGCUGAUGGUGCUGCUGCUGCUGCUGCUGCUGCUGCCGGUGUUGCUUUCCUCUUCCUUGCCGUCGCUGCUGCAUCUUCUCAAGCUCCUUUCACAGCAGCAACAGCACCACCCCCUCCCCCUCAGCAGCAGCAGCAGCAGCAGCAGAAUCAGCAGGGAGGCGGACGACUGGCUGCUGGCAGCAAAAGGGGUGUUGGCGGUGAGCCCGGAAAUAGGCGAAGAGGCCGGGGGCUUCUGGCAAGCUGCUGCGCUAGCUGAGCUAGCUGCUGGGGGGGCCCAGCUAGCUAGCCAGCUAGCCAGAGCCCAGGGCUUUGCAGACAGGGCCGGCGAAGAGCUAGCUGCCCGCGCGAAGCAGCAGCUGCUGGACCCGCGGGCCCUCAGGGCUUUGCUGCAGCAGGUCCGCGCGCUGCAGCAGCUGCUGCAGCAGCAGCAGCAGCUGCAGCAGCAGCAGCAGCAGCUGCAGCAGCAGCAGCAGCAGCUGCAGCGGCAGCAGCAGCUGCUGCUGCAGCAGCUGCAGCAGGUGCUGCGGGCGGGAGAGGCGGGCGAGGCGCUGCUGCAUGCGCAAGAAGAUGAGACAGAGUUGUGGGAAGUCCAUACACUGGAGAUAAGCAACAACGGGCUGACGGGCCCGUCGACCCCGCUGCAGCUGCUGGCCAUUUCUGGGUCUUUGCUGCCAGUGUCUUUAGUGCCUCCGAAGGCCCAGGGCUUUUUUGCUGCUGCAGCAGAUGCAGCACUUCCCCCCACCCGCUGCAGCAGCAAUCCAAAGUUUGCUGGCAGCAGAAUUCGCUUCGACUUCGCGGGGGCCUACAGGCGCCUGGGCAGGAGCUACAGCAAGCAGCUGCUGCUCAGGAACAGGCUGCUGCAGCAGCAGAAGCUGCAGCAGCAGCAGCAGCAGCAACAGCAGCAGCAGGAGCAGCCGCAGCGAUGGCCGCAGCAGGAGGUGGAAGGCGGCGCAUUGCAACAUGAGCGGAAGGAAACUGGUCUUCAGCAGCAGCAGCAGCAGCAGCAGCAGCAGCAGGUAGUUGGAGAAAUGGUUAGUGGGGAGGGAGCUGCUGCUGCGCUGCAGCAAGCGCAAGAGGCCCUUGCUGUCUUCCAGGGAGGCCUAGCAAGAAAGCCAGCUGCAGCAGCAGAAGCAGCAGCAGCAGCAGCAGCAGCAACAGUCGAAGCUGCCGCAACCGCAGCAGCACCACAGACGGCAGCGUCUGCAGCAGCAGCAGCAGCAGCAGCAGCGCGCGCCCGCGCAGUUGUAGAUGCAGCAGCAAAAGGAUUAAUGGCAGCAGCAGAAGGACAAACUGAAAGUUUGCUGCUGCUGCUGCAGGAGGGGGGGCAGCUGCGGCAGCGCAGAGAGCCGCCGGCCUUCGGCGCCCCACACACCCUCCCCCUGGCUUUGCUGUCGCUGCCCCGCCUGCCGGGCCGGGCCAGGCCCAGCGGGGAGGUGGCCUCCUUUAGGUAUCAGAUAUUUAGGCGCAAGCCGCAGCAGCAGCAGCAGCAGCAGCAGCAGUUGCUGCAGCAGCAGCAGAAGGAGCAGAAGGAAGAGGAGGAAGCGAGUUCUGUUGCUGCAGUCUGCGUGCUUCAGUUUGUCCCCCAGGAGAUAGCAGCAAAAGCGGGAACAGCAAAUUGGCUUUGCCACUGUGGGGCCCGCAGAGACAAAGCGGGGCCUCUCCUCUCCUGGACCAACAUCACGCUCUACGCAGAGACACCCGCAACACACCCUCUGUGUCAAGACGCCGUAGCAGCUGCUAGCCAGUGGCAGCAGCAGCAGCAGCAGCAGCAGCAGCAGCAGCAGCAGCAGCUUGUGCCGCGGCGGCAGCAGCAAGGCCGCCUCAAGGCUGCUGCUGCUGCUGCUGUUGCUGCUGGCAGCUUCGCCUUAGGCUUCAAAGAGCCUUUACUGCCGCAGGAGAUACAAGGCGACAGCAAACCUCAGCUGCGCUAA